AUGCAGCUCUCAGCCCUCGCCCUUGCCACUCUCCUGGCCACAGCUAACGCCCACUUCACCGUCUACUACCCCGGAUGGAGAGGUGACUCUCACCCCACUCAGACCCAGGGCCCCUGCGGUGGUCUGAACAAGAUCGGUGAGCGAUUCAAGGUCAACGGAAAGUCCGUAGAUGUCCUACUCAAGACCUCUCACACCUCCGCCAUCACUGAGUACCGACUCUGUCUUGGUGACGACUGUGGUACCAAGUCUGGAUCUGAUGGCCAGAAGGACUUCAGUAAGGUGCUUUACGGCCCCAUUAACGAGCUUGGUGCUGGAAACUUCUGCAUGCCUGGUCUGCCUCUUGGCGAUCUCAAGGACGGCCAGAAGGGAACCAUUCAGGUCAUCAUGCAGGCUGUUGACGGUAACCUGUACAAUUGCAUUGAUUUCGAGGUUGAUAACUCUGUUGACGCUUUCAACGCCGUCUGCAAGAACUCUACCGGUGUUUCCGCUGAGGCUAUUUCCAACGCCAACGCAGGCUCUCUCGCCGAGAACACCCAGGGCUCCGGUAACUCCUCUGGCCACGCCCACGGUUCUUCUGGCUCCGGUUCCGCCUCCGCAUCCAAGACUGACUCCAAGUCCUCUGCUGCCUCCGGCUCUGCUUCUGCCACCUCCGCUGCUGCCUCUUCUGCUGCUUCUUCUGCCGCUGCUUCUGCCUCCGCUACCGAGGAGAAGAACUCCGGCUCUCUGGCCUACGUCAACGGCGCUCUUGCCAUCGGUGGUGUUGUUGCCGCCGCCCUCCUCAUCUAA